GGAAAAAAACCCGCUCUGAUUUAAAGCAAUUUAUCAGCAAUUUUAUCGAUUUUCUGCGUCAUUUCUGAGAUGUUUUACUACCCUGCUGUUCUGAAGCGACACACAGGAUGUUUCUCUACAAUCUGGCUGGUUGCCACAAAAGGCAUCAGAGUGACUCGCCGGGAUUUCCUCAAAGUCAACGUCAUACGCACCUGUGAUGACAUCAUGAACUACCUGCUGGUGCAGGUCCCACCGCCUCAGCCCGGUCUGCCACGACCUCGCUUCUCCCUCUACCUCUCCUCGCAGCUCCAGUACGGCGUCAUCCUCGUCUACCAUAGACAGUGUGCCAUCCUCCUGGAGGAACUUCAGUCCAUCGUGGGCCAGCUGGUGAAACAGAGGACGGCCCAGAAAAUUGAUAUGGAUGAGCAGAGCAGACACGCUCUGGACUUCCCUGAUGCCCUGUCUCUCCUGGAGGAGGCAGAGGGAGCUCCUGACCCUUUAUUCGGAGUGAUGAGCAUGCAGGAAGCCAUGCCCAGCCCCAACACACUGAUACAGAUGGGUCAGGAGUAUCUGAGGGGAGCCUCUCCUGAGCAUCCUGAGCUGACUCCUCCAACUGCUGCCGCUGCAGGAGCGAGCGACGUAACUGCAUCUCCAGACACCAUCACUCUGAGAGAGACUGAGCCUCUCGCCAUCCCUGUCGCAGAGUAUGAGGGAGAGGAGCUUGUCGAUCAUCAUCCAGACACUAUUGAUUUGCUCAUGGCCCAGACAGAUCACUUUCCAGAAGGUGAUUUGGAGCUGCCGAGAGAAGAAGUGGCACCAGGAGAGCAGGACAUAGAGAUGGAAAGGGGGGAAGGAGCGGAAGACCUGGAGAAAGACAGAACAAAAGAUGUCACAGGAUCCACUAUUGAACUACAGCCCACCGCUCUGUCCAGUGAGGACGCCAUGUUGUUGCCUCAGGAGGAGCCGGGCAUGUCUGUGGAGAAGCCUGGACCCCCCUCAGACCAGCUCACCCCCGUCUCUAUGCCCGCCCCCCCCUCGCCGCCAUCUGAAGCAGAGGAACGGCGGCGACGGGCUCCGCAGGCAGAGGAUGUGCCUGCUCCAGAGGUGGAGACCAGGAGGAGGAGGAGGAGGAGGAGGAAGAGGCAGCUGAUCUUCUUUGACCCGGAGACACAGAUCUCUCAGAAGGUGCUGCAGCAGCAGAUCGACGACCCCCUGGCUGAGACCAGACCUGUAGUUCUCCCGCCCCCUUCAUCUCACAGGAUGCCUACUGCCACUGAGCUCUUCAACAACCCGUGCACCUUCUUGCCUGAGGAGGUGCUGUUUCUAUGGGGACGGGCUGCGACCGUCACGCCUGUCUCGGGCUCGGACCUGCAGGUUGGGGAGAGAGGGCCCGAGUCCACCGACUCUGAAAAGGAAAGAGAGCGCGAGAUGGUCGAGGCGGCUGAGGUGGCCGAGGCGGCUGAGGCAGCGGCAAGAGAGGAGGAGAGUCUGGAGCUCCCCAGGGAGGCCCCCAGAGAUGAGGCAGAACUGAUGUUUGAGAUUUCAGAUCAUGGCUCACUGCCGCUGGAGGGCUCUGACCAAAGAGCGCUGUCUCGAGAGAUCAUCUCCCCCCUCCAACCAUCUGAGAAAGAAGGGUCCACUGUCUCCAGGUCUGUGUCUGUACUGCAGGACAUCCCAGAGGUGGUGGACGAGUUGCCGGAGCGAUCUCCAGCAGAGUCUCCUGGGCUGCUGCUGGAUUUUCCCGAGCAUGAAGAGGCACCUGUGCUGUUUCUGUCUCUUCUGCCACCAGAGGUCGACCGCCGAACUGUCAGCAACAUUUUUCAGAGGCUCCUGGGGACUUUGUCAACCAGGAAAAUACGGGCGGAGCAGGACGAGCCUUUUGGGGACAUAUGGAUAUCACCUGGACCCAGCUACGAAGAGGUGCAUCAGACUUUGUGACACGGUCACUUGAGUCCCAAUGAGCCUCCAGAACAAACGUCACUGUUCAGUCGGAUAGAGACUUAUUUCUCUGUUUCUGAGGUUUCCUGUUUGUUUCUCAGUGAGAAAAAAAUAGAUUUAAACAUCAUUCACACAAAAUAUUCAUAAAAUUCAAAUGUGUUCUUCAAAUCACUUCAUGAGAUUUUUUCCUGGUGUGUCUUGUUGACGUGAAGUUAGUUUUGUUUUUAAAACUGUUGUUUUAUAUGAUUCAAAAAUCAAAUCAUUGGUUCCUUUUGCUACUGUGACCAAAAUGAGUAUCCUAACUUUUUUAUUGUUAUAUUUUAUCAUAUUUUUAAAAACGUUACCUCAUGAUGUUCAGCACUAAAACAAAAGUGCACCUCUCUGUUCAA